AAUCUCUUGCAACAGCCACUAUUUAUGUAUACAUAUAUACAUUGCUCAUGUUGAUGAAGUGGGAAUAUAAACUAAGAUUAUCUCUGUCUUAUGCUUCUUUAUGCCGAGCUUUUCGAUGAGCGAUACUUGUAUAUUCUAAGGAAUUAGGCGUUGAAUUAUCCCUGGAUUAACCAUGAAUUAUAUAUAUAUUUAUACAUGAUGCUCUUCCCCAUGAUUUCCCCUGUUCACGGGAUGUUGUAGCAAAUCAUGGAAACCGGUGUCGAGUGGUACGCUUUGCCUCGCUGUAUUGCAUGUGACCCCGUUUUGGCUCCAUUCCUCCGACGGAGUGUGAGACUGUGCGUGCGAGGGAGGCGACCCGCCUCAUCUCUCUCUCUUUAAACCAAGGCGAUUGAUCUCUUUGUGCCUCUUGAGUUCAUAGCCAUAAAGGAGAAUGAGAAGAGCCUUCUCCUGUGUCGAUCCACUGAUGCAGAGAGAGGAGGACGAUGUUAGCUCGGAUUGCAGCAGUGGAUGCCAAUCUGGUUGGACCGACUACUUGGACAAGUCCUGCGGUGAGUGCCGUCAGCCUCUCGUCUGCGGCAAAGGUGGUUCCUUUGAGGAAGAGGAGGAGGACCUGUCCAUGGUCUCCGAUGCGUCCUCCGGGCCUCCACAUUUUCCCGAGGAGGACGAGCAUUCCUGCGGCUAUCUUCGCUCCAGCACUUGCUUUCAGGCCGGCGGCUGCCUCUGCUCUGCCUUGAGUCCAGCUGCUGGAUUGGCCGCGGGCGGUGCCAAGAAGAGGAGAAUCGAACCAGAGCAGCAGAGACAACGUUCUUCUCUGUUGGAUGACACCGCCAGUUCGCCUCUGUUCAGCUUAUCCAAGGCAUGCUAUAUUCCUGAUCCUUACUCUCCAUCAUCUGAUUUCAAUCAGCUGCUCAGCUUCAACGAAGCCAUUUCGGAGUUCUCUUGUGGCUUUAAGAGAAAUCUCCAACUGGAGAAGCAAAUGGGCCACCUUCAAUCCUCUGUUCCUGUGAAGCCAACCCCUUGGAGACCAACAUCAAGAAAAGUAGGUGGGAAGAAGAUUUGGUGAUCGACUCAUCUGAAGCAGAAACAUGUGGAUGGAUCUUUGAAGUUCUCAAAAGAGAUCAACUUUAAUCUUCUACUGUACCUCUCUCUCUCU